CAUAAACACUGAAGAUAAUCACUUGUCAGAGACCUGAGUCUGGCCAUGGAUCAUAAAGGUGGUGUUCCACAUAUCCCUGACAUGAGGAUUGUGCUGCUGGGAGGAAGAUCCGAGGGGAAGAGUUCAUCAGGAAACACCAUCCUGGGCAGACGGGAGUUUGGUACUGCAGGGAGAACAGCUGAGUGUGUGAAGAGAGAAGGAGAAACAGCAGGCAGACACAUCACUGUAGUGGAGGCACCAGGAUGGUGGGCAAACCCUACUGUGGAGCAAACUCCUGAACGUGAUAAAGGAGAGAUUGUCCUCAGUGUGUCUCUGUGUCCUCCAGGACCCCAUGCUCUACUCCUGGUCAUUAGGGUGGAUGUGUCAUUCACAGAGACACACAGAAGAGCAGUGCAGGAACACAUGGAGCUGCUGGGUGAGAGAGUCUGGAGUCACACUAUAGUGCUGUUCACCAGAGGGGACUGUCUGGGAGACACAAGCAUUGAGCAGCACAUUGAGAGUGGAGGAGAGGCUCUGCAGUGGGUUGUAGAGAAAUGUGGGAACAGGUACCAUGUUGUAGACAAUAAGAAGAGUGAUGGUGGCCAGGUGACAGAGCUGCUGGACAAGAUAGAAGAGAUGGUGGCAGGAAACAGAGGUCAUCAUGUAGACUUUGAUGCAGAGAUCAUGAAUGGAUUGAUGAAGAGGAAGAAGGAAGAAAAGAGAAGAGCAGAGGAGAGGAAGAUGAAGGUGAAGAAACAGAGAGAGACUCUCAGAUCAUCAGCAGGUGGUGUUUCACAUAUCCCUGACAUGAGGAUUGUGCUGCUGGGAAGAAGAUAUGAUGGGAAGAGUUCAUCAGGAAACACCAUCCUGGGCAGACAGGAGUUUGGUACUGCAGGGAGAACAGCUGAGUGUGUGAAGAGAGAAGGAGAAACAGCAGGCAGACACAUCACUGUAGUGGAGGCACCAGGAUGGUGGAAGAAUCUCACUGUAGAGCAAACUCCUGAACGUGAUAAAGGAGAGAUUGUCCUCAGUGUGUCUCUGUGUCCUCCAGGACCCCAUGCUCUACUCCUGGUCAUUAGUGUGAGUGAGUCAUUCACAGAGACAAACAGAAGAGCAGUACAGGAACACAUGGAGCUUUUGGGUGAGCGACUCUGGAGUCACACUAUUCUGCUGUUCAUUGCAUAUGGGGACUGGCUGGGAGACACAAGCAUUGAGCAGCACAUUGAGAGUGGAGGAGAGGCUCUGCAGUGGGUUGUAGAGAAAUGUGGGAACAGGUACCAUGUUGUAGACAAUAAGAAGAGUGAUGGUGGUCAGGUGACAGAGCUGCUGGACAAGAUAGAAGAGACGGUGGCAGGAAACAGAGGCCAUCAUGUAGACUUUGAUGCAAAUAUCAUAAAUGGAUUGAUUAAGAGGAAGAAGGAAGAAAAGAGAAGAGCAGAUGAGAGGAAGAUGAAGGUGAAGAAGCAGAGAGAGACUCUCAGAUCAUCAGCAGGUGGUGUUCCACAUAUCACUGACAUGAGGAUUGUGCUGCUAGGACACAGAGAUGCUGGAAAGAGUUCAUCAGGAAACACCAUCCUGGGCAGACAGGAGUUUGGUACUGCAGGGAGAACAGCUGAGUGUGUGAAGAGAGAAGGAGAAACAGCAGGCAGACACAUCACUGUAGUGGAGGCACCAGGAUGGUGGAAGAAUCUCACUGUAGAGCAAACUCCUGAACGUGAUAAAGGAGAGAUUGUCCUCAGGUUGUCUCUGUGUCCUCCAGGACCCCAUGCUCUACUCCUGGUCAUUGAUGUGAGCCUUGCAUUCAUAGAGACAGACAGAAGAGCAGUGCAGGAACACAUGGAGCUGCUGGGUGACAGAGUCUGGAGUCACACUAUACUGCUGUUCACCUGUGGGGACUGGCUGGGAGUCACAAGCAUUGAGCAGCACAUUGAGAGUGGAGGAGAGGCUCUGCAGUGGCUUGUAGAGAAAUGUGGGAACAGGUACCAUGUUGUAGACAAUAAGAAGAGUGAUGGUGGCCAGGUGACAGAGCUGCUGGACAAGAUAGAAGAGAUGGUGGCAGGAAGCAGUGGAGAAAGGAGCAUGGAUUUCCCUCUUACAUUUACAGAUGGCCAGUCUGAAGACAGCUCAAGGACAGAGUCUGCGUAUGCCUCCUCUACAUCCCCUCCUGUAUCUGAGCUCACAAGGCGCCUCGAGACACUCAGCACUGCAUCCUCUACCAGAUCUUCAGGGUACGGCACAGCUCAGAGAGAAAAGGCUGGAUCUGCAGACAGCUCAUCUUCAAUGUCUCCUCACAGCAGAGUGGGAGGAAGAGGGGGAAUCACACAGCCAAACCCUUCUUCAGAACUUACUAAUGCAGUUGUUCUCAACCUUUUUUGA